GGAGUGGCGGAAUCUUGAUUCUUGGAGGAAGAAAACUUUUGAUUCUUGGGGUAAAGGCAACUUUUUUAGUAGCGAAAUUUAUGCCCACGAUUAAAUUCUCUUGGUUUUGUUGGAAAUAGUUGUGCUGUGCAAAGUGGGGCAGUUGAAUUCCAACGCUCGCUUUCGCCGACACACCCACGCAUUUCUACUUUUAUUGUCUCUCAACUAUCAAUUCCACCACAUUACGCUGCUCCUCUCUAUUAUUUUUCCCUCUUCCUUUUCAUACCAGACUCUCUGUGUGUGUGAGAGAGAAAGAGAGUUCCUUUUGGGGUAGUCUAAGUGAUAAUAGGCAGUGAAUAAUUGGGGGAAGGUGGUUGAUGUUGUGAUUGCAAAUAUGGAAGCAAUAAAGAAGCAAGCAAGUAAAUUGAGAGAGCAAGUGGCCAGACAGCAACAGGCAAUUUUACGACAGCUGGGGCAAUUAGGUCAUGGAGGGCCUAUGAUUGAUGAAGCUGAUGUCGAACUUCAUCAGCAACUACAGGAUUUGUACAAAUCUACAAGGGCUGCCAAGCAUUUCCAGAGGGAUAUUGUACGCGGAUUAGAAGGAUUAAUUUCAACGAGCAAAAAGCAAACUGAGAUAGUUAAAAAGUUGGCUGAAGAUUGUUGCAAGUAUGGUAUCGAAAAUCAAGAUCAAGAUUCUUCUUCUCCGCUUGCAAAGGUUGCCUCGGAUUUUGGUACCUCGCAUGCUUCAAUGGAAGAUCAUAGAGAAAGAAUGCUCGGCAUACUCGGUUAUCAGGUUUUCGAGCCACUUCGUGCACAGAUUAACGGUGCUCCUCUGGAAGAUGCCCGUCAUUUAACCCACCGUUACGAUAGAAUGCGUCAAGAGUUUGAAAUCCAGGCAGCUGAAGUAAUAAGGCGGCAGUCAAAGUCGAGAGAUACUUCUUCUGAAACAGCCUUGAAGCUUAAAACUGCUGAAAAAAAGUUGACAGACCUUAAGUCUUCAAUGUUGUCACUUGGGAGAGAAGCCGCUGCUGCUAUGUCGUCAGUAGAGGAUCAGCAACAGGAAACAACUUUCCAGAAGCUCCUUACUAUGGUCAAUGCUGAAAGAAGUUAUCAUCAAAAUGUUAUAGCUAUUUUGGAGAAGCUACACUCGGAGAUGAUUCUGGAUGAGGAAACCACGGAAUCUUCAUUACAGUCAGAAUUUCCCCCCGGAGACGAUAAUGUUCCAUUUCCUAAUGACGGGAUUGAUUCAAAUAGAUCGAAUGGUCAGGAUGACGAGAGUAAAAGUGAUCUGUACUUCAUCGGAAAGGUUAUACACUCAUUUGAUGCUCAAUCAGAGGGUGAACUGAGCCUUGAACUUGAUGAAUACGUCGUAGUUCGACAGGUUUCAUCAAAUGGAUGGUCGGAAGGAGAAUGCAACGGCGAAGCUGGCUGGUUCCCCUCCGCCUACGUAGAAAAGAUCGACGUAGUCCCAAUGGGCAAGUUAUCAGAAAAGGAUUGUUGAUGGUGAACAAGAUCUCUUUUGGUCUCCAUUAUAAUAGGGUCAGUAUAUUUGCAUUAAAAAUUGAGUUGUAGUUAUCGACAUCAACGUGCAACUUUUCUCUGUUUAUACAGAAAAUGGAAUUUGUUUGCAACUUUUCUCUGUUUAUACAGAAAAUAGAAUUUGUUUGAAGGUAUGAACAAGAUCAGAUUGUAGUGUUUC